CAGCCUGGCACUCUUUCGCCGGACUCCGCUCCAUUCGCCGUUGGAAAGACUAAUCGUGCGGGGAUCUCGCUUACUCUCUCUCAGACUUCGAGUGGAAAGGAGUUUUAGCCUCGUGGCCUGUCUGUCUCCAUGAUGCAGGGCGAUCGCUUGUCCGUCGUCGGGGUGGUGCUGGCGGCCGCGGUUCUUGCGUCCGGUGCCAGGACUCCCCUCCGACAGCAGGCCGAGAUUCUGACGGGGGCGCUGGAGGACCGGGUGUUUCCUGGGACAGCCGAGGAUAAGGGCAGACCGCUAUUGAUGGAUCAGAAAGUUCAGGCCACGGAACCGACGUUUCAGGAGACAUCAGACCCAGCAGAAUCAUCGUCUACAGAGCCUGCGACGUCACCACCAGCGCCAUCAACAUCACCACCAGCGCCAUCAACAUCACCACCAACGCCAUCAACAUCACCACCAGCACCAUCAACAUCACCACCAACGCCAUCAACAUCACCCCCAGCUCCUGCAACCUCGCCCCCCACAGAAUCAUCACCUUCUCCAUCCUCAUCACCUUCUCCAACAUCAGCAGCGCCAACACCAUCACCCACUCCAGCUCCUCCAACCUUCCCCGAGGUCACUGUGGAAGGCCUGGGCACUGCGCGAGGAAGGGUCAUGACCUCGUAUCUCGGCCGGCCCUUCUAUGCCUUCAUGAGCCUGCCCUAUGCUGAGCCCCCCAUUGGUGAGCUCAGGUUUAAGAACCCCAAACCAUGGACAGGUCCUUGGAUUGCAACGCUGGAUGGUUCCUACGACGCCACGUACCUGCGAGCUCGAUGUCCGCAGAUCUCGCUCAUUCUCAGCGUCACAGCCGGCCGGGAGGACUGUCUACACUUAAGCAUCUACACCCCGAUGAUGCCCGACAGCCGCAUCCCUACCCAGCUCCCAGUCAUGGUAUGGAUUCAUGGGGGGGCGUACAUGACCGGAGAUGCCAACCUAUACGUCCCGACGAAGCUCAUGGAUCGUGAUGUGAUUGUGGUGGUUGUACAGUACCGACUAGGGUCCUUGGGUUUCUUAGCCGGAGGAAUAGCAGACGCCCCGGGAAAUAUGGGGUUAAUGGACCAAGUACUGGCACUGCGCUGGGUACAAGACCACAUAAGGGCAUUUGGCGGAGACCGAGAUUCUGUCACAGUUUUCGGACAAAGUGCUGGAGGAGCCAGUACUUCGUGGAUGCAAAUAACUCCUCUCACGAAUGAAACCGUCCCCGGAAACAACAACCGGCAACUCGUCCACAAAGUGUUGCCGAUGAGUGGGUCGUCCUUUGAGGAAUGGACACUCGAUCCUGACCCUGAAUCCGGUUUCUGGUCGACCGCUGAGAUCCUGCACUGCGACGAGGUCAAGGACAAGGUCAAGGCGGUCGAGUGCAUGAGGGGAAGGACGAUGGACGAAGUCAACAGCGCGUCACUUAAGAUCUAUUCAGACGACCGACAGAGAGGAGGCUUGGGGUUCAAGGGCCUGUGUCCCGUGGUGCAGGAUACCCUAGCGGCCGAGAACCUCCCUGACCUCGAACUGGUGAUUCCCAAGAGCCCUGUGGAGAUCGUGGACGCAAGGGAGUUCCUCCAGGUCCCUGUGAUGACCGGGAGUGUGAGGGAUGAGGGCUCGCUGGUCGUGGGCCUUGCUUACAGGGACUAUUUAUUCCCCAAUGGACACUAUCCAAAUGACACGGAAUUUGCACGGGACGAGAUGGUGACCACGCUGAUCCAGGCGUUCGGUAUCGAGGACCGCACCGGCAGCGUUACCAAUGCAAUGACCUUGUCCUUCCUUCCAAACGCUGAGAUGGGCAAUUGGUACAGCAUGGUGGGAGGUCUUGUUGAUAUGGGCGGGAUGCUGUUCCUGAAAUCCGGUUUGUGGCAGCUGGCGCAUCAUAUUAACAAAGUCUCCCCGAAUCUCCCCGUUUUCUUUUAUUCGUGGGAAUUUGAGUCGGACGAUUCGCUGUUCCCUUGGAUCUUCAUUUCCAUGCCGGACAUUCCUGUGCCGGGAGGUAUUGGCCAUGCUGACGAACUUCUCUAUCUGUUUCACCUGCCGAGUGUGUUGGACGAGAGGCAGAAACUCAUGUCAGAGAGAAUGUUGACCCUGUGGACCAAUUUUGCGAAAUAUGGGAACCCUACCCCCCUCGAAUUUGAAUAUGAACACGAAAAUUGGACAAGAUUCGCCCCUGAGUGGAAACUAUUUAGCCGAGAGGAACCGAAUUUCAUGUUAAUUCAAGACGACAUCACCAAUGAGCUAGACUUUUCCACUCGCUGGAACUACCACAUCGAUGCUGGAAUCACCACGACGCCGGGUCCGUCCACCAGCGAAGGCUCAGACUCAGUAUCUCAGGAAGACUACGAUAAACAGGUCGCGAUGACGGAGCAGUUCGAAAUCGCAACUGGAAUUCUCGGCGGUCUGUCUGUUUGCACCCUGUUCCUGGCCGCCUGUUUUCUUCGUUCGAAUGAGGAGGAUGAAAACAGUUUAGAGCGAAAGAAAACGGGGAAUUUAGUAUUAAGUUGAGUGUUGUGUUGCGUCCAUAAAUAAAUUAGUUAUGUAAGA